GCUUUUCCACGCAAGGAGGUUAACCGCCACGUGCAUAUCGAAACAAAAGAAGAAGAAAAUAUUUUUAAGGUUAAGUAGAUUUAAAAAAAAGUUAAGUAAAUAUCGCUAAAAUGGAGGUCAAGGAGGAAACUCCUAGAAUUGUUUUAACGGAAAACAAAAUAAUUGAAGUGUCGCCGCUAAGUCUCACAUCGGACUUGAAAUAUUUCAAGAAAAAAUUUCAAAUAGUGGUGGUGCGUAAGGAAGGUUACGAAAUGGAAUUUGAUUUGAUCGGAAUUCAUCCCUUCCUGGUGAAUACAUUCCGAAGACUUAUUUUAAGCGACGUUCCCAGCAUGGCAAUAGAGAAGGUCCAUGUCAUAAACAACACCUCAAUAAUGCAAGAUGAAGUAUUAGCACACAGACUAGGUCUUAUACCGUUAAAAGCCGAUCCGAGACUGUUUGAGCACAAAACCGAUGCAUCGGCAAGUAACAAUGGAAAUGAUACGCUAGAAUUUGAGUUGAAAAUAAAAUGCACAAAUAGUAAAGAUUCUAGUAAAAAAGAUUCAUCCCGGGCAGAGGAUAUUUACAAAAACUCUAAUGUCUAUUCCAAACAUCUAAAGUGGGUGCCCAUAGGCAAUCAACGCACUAGGUUUAAGGAAAGCGAUGUCGGUCCGAUACACCCCGAUAUUUUAAUAAUGAAGCUUAGGCCCGGUCAUGAACUGGACCUGAAACUGUUUGCCGUUAAGAGUAACGGCAAAGAUCACGCAAAGUUUUCGCCCGUUGCUACCGCAUUUUACCGACUCCUACCUCACAUCGAGAUAGUGAGACCCGUCGAAGACGAGGACGCUUACCGUUUGCAGAAAUGUUUUUCGGCCGGAGUAAUCGGAGUUCGACAAGAAGGUAACAGAAAAUUCGCCGUGGUAAACGAUCCCAGGUGCGAUACUAGCAGCAGAAACGUUUACCGUUACGACGAUUUGAAAGACUCCGUGGUGAUGUCCAAAGUGCAAGAUCAUUUUAUUUUUACCAUCGAGUCUGUUGGAGCUUUGCAGCCGGAAGACAUCUUCAAAGAGGCCAUUUAUAUUUUAAAAAAUAAGUGUAUGUCCUUGUUGGAUGAGCUCAAUUCCCAAUAAAAAAAUGUUAUU